UGCUCUUCUGCUCUUCUGCUCUUCUUCUCCUUUCUUCCCGCUGCGGCCACCCGGAAGAAAAAAAAAAGAGAACCCAGCCAUGCCUUGGAAAAUUGGUAAGGAAGUUUGGUAUUUUCCCCUUCCUUUCUUGUUCUAGAACCUGAUUUGGAACCCAGAAUUCUUCCCCCUGCUAGAAAAUCCGGAUCUGCUUUGCUCUGUCCGCCGGCUGCUCUUGUUGUGGGGGUGAAUUGCUUUGAUUUUUUGACUCGUGAGCUUCCCUGCAGCUUGCCGCCGGCCUCUUCCCCCCUGUAGCUCCGGUUUCUACAGCUGGAGAAUUAUGGUUCUCGAUCGUUCUGUCAGUUUAGUACGUGAAUUGAGUGCUCGGUUUUGCGGAGUGAGGUAAGUAAAUUUAUGGUAAUGCCCGUAUAGUUUUUAAAAGCAUGUUUUGUUUUGUUUUUGAAGUGGUGGCGGGACUAAACCCGUUUUACACGAGCAUGACUGAUUUGAAGUGAAAUGUUUAUGUUUUUCAUUAAAUUGAGCAUGCCUACUUGAAAGUGAUUGUGAAUUGUCCUGACGAUUUGAAAGUGAUAGUGAAUUAUGAUUUUUCUGUUAACUUCUGCCUGUUUUGUCUCCGAUGUGGUCAUGUUAUUCGUGACCCUGCUAGUGGGGGAGGUUAUAAACGCUAGCACAUGUCGACAUGUAGUGAUAGAGCCGGUUCAUUCAACCCAGCUAGUGGGGGUUAUACACCAGCAAACAGUGCGCCUGCCAGUGGGUGUUAGACGCUGGUCGUGACCUAUAGAGGAGAUGUCUAUUUCGUUCUUGUACUGUAUCCGUUUUGCGUGAUUGCACAUGUUGGCAUGCUAUAAGUUUAAUUAAGGGCAAUCCAUAUUUACUUACUGAGUUUAUCUCAUAGUUUUUCCUUGUUCACCAUUUCAGAAAGUGAAACCGAGGACGGGGAAACCACGGGAAGUGACAAGUUAGAAGGCUAGCCAUAUUGUAAUUGGAUAUAAAUUUUAGAUAUGAAUCAUGAUCUUGUAUUUGGAGAUUUUAUUGGAGAUUUAUGAUAUUAGAGAGAUUUUAUAAUUUGAUCUUCAGAUUUUGAUGGUAUCAGAGUGUGAAUUUGAUAAGUUUCAGCCUUGUGCAUUUGUGGGACCCGUCUCACGAGUGCACGGCGUCUGUCGCGCCUCGAAUUUGGGUUUUGGAGCGUGACAAAAUUAAUAAGAAUCAAUUUUUUUU